CAUCACAACAGGAGCGCAGGCUCAAAGUGAGUUUCUGCCGUGAGAUUAUGAGCGUGCAAUUGACCGAGAUCUUCUGGCUGGCACGUUGAAACCGCGUUGAAAUGCCAGCAGCCAGCUCGUCUGCAGUUCUUUGAGUGGAUUGACCAAGGCGUCCAUUGGCUGCAACGUGACGCGAGACCUGAUGUUCGCUGCGUGUUCAUUAGGCCACAUCAGGAUGUGGAAACAGGCGGCAAAUCUUGAAAGAAAUGGGAUUUCGGGUAUCGGAUGUGAGCUUCGGGAGCGUCGAGCGUCCGUGAUGAUCGUACGAAGUCGACCUCAACCCCACUCGACCUAGGUCUAAGCCCAGUUGGUCGACAUCGUCAGUGCUCAGCCGCCGUUCGUCCAUCGAACCACUACGCGAAGAUCCAUCACAUAUUACGCCGCCCGCUUGUCCGAACGGAUAUUGCGCCGCGUCUGGAAGCGAAUUGAAUCCUCUCGGAACGCUAGCCGUACUGAAUCCAGGCCAACGAGCUUCAAUACCGGCCGUUUGAUGCUAUAGAGCUGCAUGCUGGGCACACAUUCGCAGUGGUAACGGUCGCGUCGAACACAUCUGACCCUAACGUACCCAGUGCAAUGACGCACACGAUGCUUGACACGUACUUCGACGAGGCUGGGUUCCAAUAGUAAAGAUCUGUUUUCCCCGCCUCUGCUCACGCCAUGUGGCCCGCCCGGGACAUUGUUCAUGCGAUCAUCAGCUCUUUGUGCUGUUUUGGGUGUCAGCCUUUCCAAUUUUCACGACCUCCUUCGAUCCGAGCAGCCAGGUUUCAUCCGCACUAGAUACCAAGAACCCAGUAUACGGCCAGGCCCCGCGCUUCGCCAGACGUCUUCGAUUCACGGCAGUUGAGCUUCAACGAUCAUCUGCAGAUUCGGACGUCUUGUUGCUCAAUCGAAGCGCAAAUUGGAUGUUCAUGGGCCUGGCCUUUCAGCUUGCUCGCCCCGUGGACGGAGUAGCAUUCCUCCAAGAGAAAAAAAAUAAAAAUGUGGAUUAGUGCACCCGCCUUCAUCCUCCCCCAGGCUUGGGAUCUGGAGAAGCUUCGUUCCCAUGCACGGACAGGAUCCCUCGAACCGCACGCUUUGCUAGGUUGAGGCAGCUUGCAGCACGCGGUCGAGCGCUUGAGAAGAUCCGGAUGGCGCUCAUCUUGCUUGCUAGAUCGACAGCGGCGAACAGGAGGCAUGUCUCCGUAUCUGUUUUGACGCACUAGCGCCAAAGAAGAAGAAGGAGAUUGUCGAUGCUCUCUGCCCCUUAAAGAAGGGCCACCGGUUCAUCAUCUUUGUGUCACCUUAACGAUACUCUCAUUGUUUUCUUAUUGUGCCCAUCGUCUCAUCACGUUCGUAACGAGAUAUAUCUAGUCAUUCCAAAUUUCCUUUCUUACUAAAAAAAUCAAGUGGCUUUCUUCUACUGUCAAUAUGACAACAGGUAAUGCUCCCAGUAUUCCCUUAGAAAAAGAUUUCAGCAACGGUAAGUUGUCUUACUGUAGACUGUUACUUUUAGGCAUAUACUGCCAUGUAUUUGUCCAUUAUUCUACGUCCUUGGUUUAUAUUUGCAUCUGAACAAGCUUUCCACAUCUUUAUUGAUUUCUUCUGAAUGCAAAGGAUACACAAACGGCAACCACCAGCAUCUCGACGCGAACAUGAAUCAUGACGAAGCUUUGAAACGCAUCCAGACCGCUGGAAGCAUCUCCAUCUCUCCUGAACUCUUCGAGAAGAUCUAUCUUUCACCGCAGAACCAGGUCAAAGGAGAACUGCGAAAGACCUUUGCAAACCCAACCCCCAUUGCUAUGCUCGGCUUCUUGCUGUCUCUCACGCCGCUCUCGAUGGAACUGAUGAACUGGAGAGGAACUGGUGGGGCUGGAGUUGGCUCUGCUGGUAUUGGCAAUUACUACUUCUUCGGUGGCAUGCUAAUGAUCUUCGGCUCCAUUGGUGAAUGGAUUGUGGGUAACACGUUUCCCUUCGUGGUCUUUGGUAGCUUUGGUGCCUUUUGGCUUGGAUUCGCGGCAACGUUGCAGCCUUUUUAUAGUGCAUAUGGGAAUUAUGCACCAUCGGGACAACCAGCAGCAGCAGGGCUUGCGACUUCGGAGUUUUUGAAUUCUUUCGCGUUCUUCCAGAUCGCCAUGGCCAUGCUCGACUUGAUCUAUAUGAUCCUCGCCUUGCGAACUAACGUUGUUUUUGUUGGGAUUUUCGCAACGCUGACCGCGGCAUUCUCAUGCCUAGCGGCGUCUUAUAUGUAUGCAGCGAAAGGCAACACCGGUGCUGCUUACAACUGUCAGAUCGCGGGGGGUGCAUUGACUUUUACCACCACCAUGCUUGGCUGGUACUUGUUCUUCGUUAUCAUGUUAGCUGCUUUGGAUUUCCCUUUCCAGCUUCCUGUUGGUGACCUUUCACGAAUGAUCAAGGGCGCGAGCGAACGCAAUAAGGAGAAGGAGCACGAGGUCUAGUCAUUCAAUGUCACUCAAGUUCAGCAUUCUCACAACGCAAAAGCCAAGAAUUGAGAACUAGUCACUCAAUAUUGGGUGAAUUUGCACAUUGAAGUCCUAAAAAGAAAUCUUAGCCUCAUUGUAUUGCUCUUGCUGUACAUAAAUUCCGUAGUAGCAUCCAAUGAAGAGCUAAUUCUCCAACACUGGCGCGUUUAGUCUUAAAUGAAACUAUAUGUAAGCAUUCUCUGCC